CGCCCAGGGCAGCAGCUCAAAAAGUUUGGGAAAAACUCCGGACACCGUUACUUCGCUUUGAGUCUGCUGCUGCUGCUGCUGCUGCUGUUGCUCUACAUCUGUGGAUUAUCGAGGCUGUUUUAUAAGAAGAAGAAGAUAACAACUUAUUCGACAACAAAAGAACUGGUGUCUGCUCUUCCACUUCCAAAGUCAUUGCCGCUCUGCUGCUUGACAAGGACGCUUCACCCACUUCCUCCGAGUACCUUCUCGACCCCCAGGACACAGACUCGGCUUCCACCGAAACCUCAAACUUAAACCUAACAGACAUGGAGGGUCAUAUGCUGCUGUUUGUCCUGCUUCCGUGCAUCGCUGCUGCAGCCUCUGCCCCGAGUCAAACGUGUGAUCCCAGACAGCACAACGACAACCGUUGGUUUAGUGUGACCGAGAUGCUGCCCGGCUGCUGGACCAGCUUUGUCACGGGGGACAACGUGGAGAUCCAUAUCAUUCACAUUGAUAUCACAGAACAGGGGGUGUUCUCUCUGGAGAUGGCAAACGCCCGGCCCAUGAACCUCAUCCUCACGUCAUCAGAACCAAAGGUGAUUACUGGUCUGCAGAACUCCAGUGACGGAGUGAACAUUUACGUGAAAACUAACUCCACAGUGGUUAUACUUGGAAAUGGUCCCAACAACAAUGUUCACAAGCUGGAUUUUCCAACUCAAAUUGAGGAACUGGUGAAAUGGGCCACACAGAAGUUUGGUGGUGUGACUUCCCUCACUACAGUUAAUAAUCUGAUGAGGCUUUCUACAACAGGAACAGCAGGAACCAACUCUGGCUCUCGCUAUUGCACACUUAGAAAUGAAGACGCGUCGGAGAAGCACUUCAUAAAGGUUGAAAACCAGCCCCAACCCCUCAUGUCCUGCUCUCCACAGCCACAAACGCCUCUUGAAGGAGCUGAACUUCACAUCAUAAACAUUCCAGAAAAUGCCAACAUUUGUAAUGUCUCAAUUCGUGGACGCGAGGACGCGAGGAAGAUCAAGUUGUUCCUGAGGGGCCCUCAGGGGACGACCUGGACCAUACUUAAUGCACUAUACAUACAGAUUAAGUCCAACAAUGACAUUAUACUGCCUGGCUUGACAAAUAAAAUCACACCUCCAGAUCCGGUGAACAGUGACAGCGCAAUCGAUGUGCAAAGGACGGCUCUGGGCUUCUUUAAAGUCAGUACUUUCACCAGCUACACUGAACUCAGACCGACCUCCGCUGCAGUCUUACUGGUGAAAAGUGACACUGUUGAAGUUACAGAAAAACCACUGCCACCAGUUAUUCCCAUCACGACCAAUCCUCCGGCUCAGAUGCCUCUGCUCAUGCAGUUAUACAACUCCCCGGAUUACCGCUCUCCGCUUGACCCUAAGACCAAAGUGCAGAGCAACAAGAGAAUUUAUGCAGAGAUUUCAGGCAACAUCUUGGGGAAUCUCGUGUUGACCAUCAAAGUGGUCAGCUGUGUUGUUCGCUCCAACGGCACGUGUCCUGUAGCCAAAGAGCUGCCCUUCAGAACCGAGGCCUGCUCCUCCAGCUCCUGUCCUAACAGCGCCCGCCUCAGCUUCUCAUUAGAUCAGCUGCAGGAGCUGACGUCCACCACAUGGGGCCUGGAAUGCUCGGUGCAAGUAUGCUACAGUGAGAAAUGUGCAGAUGGAGGAAGAGUGAAGAGGAAUCUUGAGGUCACCCAGCCGUGUCUGCAGCAACCAGCCCCUCCAUGCUUUGAUUUCGGUCUACCGGGGGUUCUGGGAAUUGCGUUCGGAGGCUUCCUGAUUGGGGUAUUACUUAUCGGGGCACUGUGGUUUAUCAAAAUUAAAACAGGUUAUCCAACUGGCAUAGAUAUGAGCUCCACUGCAGCCGGUCUUCCUGGGUGCCCUUGCUCUGGAGCGAAGCGACAGCCAGUUUCCGACAACCUUUCCCCCUCUGAAAACAGCAGCGCAAAUGCUAGUAUUGGAAGCACCAAGAGCACGCCGACCAGCAGCAUGGCAUGAAAUCAUGCUAAUCUCUACCACCAGCAGGGCCACCAUCUCCCUUCAAAGUCACCUAUUCGGGUUUUUGUGCUUUUGUUUCCCCAUCGUAGUGCUUGAAAAGCAUCUCCACUCCAUGCCCUCUUUAAAUUCACAUAAAAAAAAAUUAAAAAAGCACAACCCACAGGGCCGGGCGACAAACAACAGAAGUCCAAUCUGUGGCUUCUGACGCUGUACCUCUGUUGCUUCACUGUCGAGACCAGACAGGAAGUUCAAGAGGGAAAAAAGGCUCCCAGCAACAGGAAAAACAAACCAUAUCCCCCCAAGAGCUUACAGGAAAUUCACCGCAUUCCUUUCAGAGAAUUGUGCUCGUGCGAUGGCAGCACAAUAAUAGUUAGACAGGAGACAAACCAGUCAAAAGAUUGACUUUGGAAAACAGAUGAAACGCUGUUUUGCAUCCACAUCUAAGCCACUGCAACAAAGGGUCUGUGACUCGGUCAGACCAGAAGUUAUCAACAACACCUCCAGGACUAAAACGCCAAAAAAAAACAAAAAAAAACAUACAUAUAUAUAUAUAUUUUCAAAGGUAUCUUUGUCCGAAUUGGAGUUUUGAGGUCAAUGUUUAACAGCUACCUCAGAUGAUAAAGAAGUCUUCACUUCAAGACUUUAAAACUUAAGCCUAGAUUUCUCUGGUGAAUCCAUCUUACUUCCUGCCUUCCUCACGUUUUCUUCCGUAUCAUGUAAAGGCUUUAACCCUGACCCACUCAGUUCUCUGAAGCCCCCGCAGCACCGCGAUGGUUACGGUGAUAAUGAUGAUGCCGUUCUCACGCGAUGCAGUCAGAGCCGACCACAUGUAAAGUCGAUUCGCCUCCCACUGGUUUUUUUUUUUUAUUGGACAUUUGAGAAACAAUAGAGAAAAUAUAUUCGUUGCCAAAAGGUAGCAAUAAAUCAUGAAGUAAAGGAGGAUCUCACGCCAAGGAAAUAAUCACUGCAGUAAUGUAUAGUACUACGCACAGAGCCAUAUAGCUGUAUGCAGAGCUGACUAAUGAGUCUACAAGGGGGAGAUAAAAAUCAUAAUUCUUCACAUCAUUUUGAGGCAUCGUUUUAUAAACAGGAGAUGGAGUGUGUGGUGUUUCACCCUCCAUCUCCAACUGCCAAUAAAUAUCAAAGAAUAUUUAAUAAUACAUUUUUUUUAAAAAUCAUCUGAUGAGAUGAUUCUGUUCUAUCUACACUUUCCCGAACACUUUUGCAUUUCUUCAAGAGGUUUUUUUUUUAUUUAGCUUGAACUGGUUCUGCCGUGGAGAUCGUUUUUAUUUUAAGACCUUAAACGUGAAAGUGAACCCACGGGCGACCGAGUCGAAAGGUUUUAGGGCAUAUCUGUGCCUCUUCAAACUGUAAUUUGUCUUUUAACUUUUUAUCUUACUCUCAUCUAUAUCUCCUCCAGACGCCACCAUUUUGAUUUGUCUGUUGAUCCCUUCUAUGACGCAGAUAUCUCUCCAAUGAGAGAUUAAAGAUGGCUGUGCGCGGUCGAGGAAUUUAAACAAACGAUUUGUUCGCAAAACACAAUGAUUCAUAAAAAAAAAAAAAAAUCCAACCUAUAAAUACUCUUGGGAACUGUAUUUUAAGCCACAGCUCAAGGAGUUGAUGGAAUACCACAGAGCACAUAAUUAUCGCUAAUGUUUCCUUUUGUGCUGUGGACAGGAAGUUUCAAUUCAGUCUAUAUUUGGUAUCAAAAUAGUAUUUCUUCAGUUAAGCUCAACCUUCGCUUCCAAGUGGAAUUGUGAAAUAAAGUCGAGUCAGCAGCUCUGCACACAGCUUUUUACCUUUACCGUAACACAGUUUUUUUUUAUGUCGUGUGUGUUUGCAGGUAAUAUUAUGUUUUAUCCGUAUCCAGCUCUCACAGAGCGUUUGUUCAGUGUAGAUACUUACUUCAUCUGAGAGUUUGAAAGUAAACAAACCGCAUUUGUCCAAAAAGAUGGUACACUUUCUGAAUACGCAGUACAAAGUCAAAUCUGUAGUUUGGGGAGACACCAAACACUGAAGAGUGAGUGUUUUGCUGCUUGGUGUUGUCAUCUACGUCCAAUCAGAGACAGAUCUGGACUGCAGGCAGGCCAGUAAGGCCCAUGCACUCAGUGUUCCAAGAGUCUGUGCUUUUGUCAUUGGUGCAAAAAACGAGACCAGGAACUAAGUCUCUUCCUGUGUUAGCCUACAUUCCACUGGAAACGUCAACAUUGCGUUACAGCCGCGACGCAGAUACAGGAGCGUUUAGCAUUUAUAAUCAAAGAGAGAUAUUCCAACGGGAGCGUCUCUGGAGCGUUGCAAAAAAAACCAUUGAUUUUUGUUUUCUUUAUUCAGUUCUUUUAUCGCAGGAUCGUGGGGUCUCCCAUGUUUUUGGAAUUAUUGCUGGAUCUCGUGAUAUCAUGCUAAGUCAACUGGCUGGCAAGACGGUGCGUAAUCGGGUUUUCAUUAUUGGAAGAAAAAACGAUAACGAAUUCUUACCAAUAUUACAUAAUAAAGCUAAUAUCAGCACAUCCCUUUACAAAAUACAACACUGUUAGAUUAGAUUUAUUAGUGAAAUCACUAAAAACGUCCUGUAGUCCUCACCGUCAAUAAUGAUCACCAAACUGAAGAUUUCAUCCUGAAUGACGUUUUGUUUUUCCGAAAGUGUACCCUCAUUUUUGAAAACGCGGUUUGUGAACGGUGUAUCCUGCGUUAGCAUUAAGCUACAGAGGUGAACGUAGGGCUAUGACGGUUGAGCCGUGAACCCACCUUUGGUUUCCUUUUUACUGGUUAAGUGUGAUUUUGAAUUCUGUUGCCUCUCAUUUACCUCCUCAAAUAUACUCUCGUAUACUGCACUCGUUAAACAGUCAAUGGAAUUGCACUGUUAGAACUAUUCUUCGCACACACAGACCGAUCUCUGAGCUCAGACCCGGCCCGACUGUUAUGUAUUUGUAUUCAGCGGCCGUGGAGUUGAAGAAUAAUUUAUUAACCUUUAUCCCUAAUCUCUCUCCAGACCAGUGACAUUUGUGAAAUGUCUCCUUAUACUGUGUACUUAAGCCGUGUGUCUUAUUUCCUCUCUUUCUGCCCGUUGCAUGCUCGCGCAUGUGUGUAUGUGUGUGUGUGCCUGGUCUGGUAUAGCUAUACUUAAGGGGACAGCCCUUGAAAUAAAUCCAUUGUUUUAAAGGACACUUUGUCCUUGUGGAGACAUUUUGGAGGUCCCCACUGAGAGAGAGUCUAUUUUGAGUUUUAAAAUUUAAAAUUUAUUUGGAUUUGGAUAUGGGUCAAAUUAGAGUUGAAGUAAGGGUUAAGGUCAGGUACAGACAUAAUGCAUUUUCUGGUCCACAUACGGCCCAAAUUAGAUAAAACAUAUAUAUAACAAUAAGUCCAUGUUUCCCUCCCUUGUUUUCCAUGCAAAUAAGUACAAAAACAUUAGAAAAUAUUCAUAUUUAAUGAAAUACAAUUUGACAAAACAUCACCACCAUGAAGUGUUUGUGCAUUUUUUUCACCCUCAAAAUUCAUCAAGCAGGCCCGGGUGAACCCCCCCAAGUGAGUAGGUUUUGGCCCACGGGCCGUAUGUUUGGCACCCUUGUUCUGGCCCCUUAACUAUGAAACAUUUUAUUAGUUAAGUGUAAAGAAAAUGCAUUCUGUCGAUGUAAAGUGACACAAAACUCACACAAAAAAUACCUGUGUGUGUGUGUGUGUAUUUCAGGUUAAGCCAUACAAGUGGGGACGUAGUUGAGGAUAAUCACGUUGUUGAGCGGACACUUGGUUUCUGGGGACAUUGUUCAAGUCCUCCACUGAGUGAGAGUGUAGUUUGAUGUCAUAUCUUUAGUUUGGAGUUAGAAGUAAAUUUGAGUUCACAUUAGAGUUAGGGAUGAUGAUCAGGCAUACAUUUGAACAUGUUAAAGUUAAUGUCAGGGACUAGAGAAAUAUAUAUAUAUGUGAAGUGCUCACAAAAGACCAAAAUGUGUUUGUGUGUGUGUGCCUAUGUUUUUGUUUUGUUUUUAUUUUUCCCAAUAUUAAGCUUUUUCUUUGUGUAUUUGAGAAGAGGAAUCCUAGAGAGCCAGUACAAAGUACCACUUGAGUAUUUGUGCAAUAUGAAUAUAUCUUAAAUGACUGUAUGUAUUUUAUCAUUUUUUCUUCCUUAAUUUUUCUGUAUAAAUAACCGUACCUUGAACCAACAAUUAUUUUAUCAAAUUCACACUUAAUUGUAUUUGAGGAACUGGGACCAAUUCCGAACGAGGCACUUAUUUAGAUGUAUUUUAUAACAUUCUUUAUAGUAUAUUUUUAUAUGCCUACAGAUAUAUGUUUGUAAUUGCAGUGCAGUCACCGACAGCGUGUGUCACAUACGGAACAUCAGGUUUGUUGAUUUUACCACUGUUUGACUUUUGGCCUCACUGUAAAUUUUUUUUUUCCCCUGCAGCCUGAAAUCACAGCGUGUCUGCUGGCGCUGACAUCCUGACAGUUUGUUAUGUUCACUGUUCUAUCCUCCGUGUGUGUGUGUGUGUGUGUGUGUGUGUGUGUGUGUGUGUGUGUGUGCGCCAUGAAGGGGAUUCUGAGCUGAGUUUCUCACCACAAAGUAGCGUCGCAGUCAAACACGCUGCACUUUGCCAGUUUUCAGCAAGCAAGCAGGAAGCAGUGAGAUAUAUAUUUUUUUUGUAUUACAUUUAUUAUUUUCCUGUCAGCUUUUUUUUCCCUUUUUUUCUCCGUGUACAUACCCCAGAAAAAUCAACCGACUGUCAUUUAAAUUGACCUGUUAACCGUACAAAUCUAGUCAUUAUUUCUGACCACAGAAUUUCCCUCCACCGACACUUGACAGUUAAUGGAAUGUGUGUCUCUUUUGUGUAUGAAUACGUUCUUUAAAAGUGCCACAGUGUCUGCGUAGGUGUCCAAUACUUUGCCGUCUCUAUUUUACAUUCAUAUUAUGCAAAUCCUUCUUUCAUUCUCCAAACGGUGUCCAAAAUUUUCACCACAAAAUGUUUGAUUUUGUGUCGUAUGAGACGCAUUGCAUCGUUAGCUUUAAGUAUUUUGUUUUUUUUUUCUUAUUAUUGUCACAUAGGAAAUGCAGCUUCCGUCCUACCUGGAUUUAUCUUAAUAAAAACAAAUAUGACAAACA